AUGUCGGUCCAAGUGACAGUGGUGCCACCACCUGCAGUUUCACCGCAAGUCAUCGCCAUGCCAGCAACGAUGCUUUUAGGACUGAACGUUGGGCCGAUUAACCAGGGAACGCCAUCCAUUAUGGCAACAAUCGGAUCAGGAAUGUGCCCAGUUGCAGCAGAACACACAUUCCCAACAAGUACCCCCAACCUAACAAAUGUCUCGUGCAAUUCUGAUGUCAAAAUGCAGGGUGGGACAAAGCGGAAGCUAGACCUCACCUUGCAAGAAGGCGAUUCGGCAUGGGGGUUGCCACAGUACUUCAAACGUGUGAGCUGUGAGGAAUAUGAGUGGCAAGUGGCAGCAGAAUGUGAAAGGAUUGGUGAAAGAUGUCAAGAGGCAUACGAGAAGGCGAGGCUAGCAGCGGAAAAGAGAGUAGAAAGAAAUCGAGAAAUGGCUCGAGGAUGA